AUGGGACAGGGAGACCGUGUUCUGGACAGGGCCUGGAGUCGUUUUACGACGUCCGACCGGCUACCUAUCACAGACACAGGUGCGCUUAUUGAUGAGAUCGAACAGAUAUGGGGACAGACUCUUCUUUCGGCAGAUUACAAGGCAUUCUGGGUAGACACCAUUCUGGAGCAUCCCAGAAGAAGUUUGACCAAAGAGGAGUUUCUGACUCUAUUCAGAAUGCUUUUUGAAGUUGAAUUCCAGGAUUUGUUUGAUUCAGAUACAAAUAUUACGAAAAGAACCGAUACACGAACUGUAAAUACAGAAGCCUUAUCAAAGUUAUCGCUGGCUGAACAGAAACAGCGCCUGUUUCACAAAAUCAGCAUUCUCAAGGGAACACUGAACGCACAACGGAAACGAAGCUCCAACGCGGACCGCACGUUGGAAUUGGAGCUCAACAAGCGGUUGGUGGAUUGUUACGAGACUCUGGUUCAGUUGUAUGACGAGACACCAAUUGGACUUGAGUCGACCGAUCCGGAGCUCGUGGCGGUGGUUCGACGACAAGAGGAGCUGCUGGUGAGGUUCCAGCGCAAAUUGCGUCGAACAGCGAAAAUCAAGCUCUGGAAACGAUAUUUGUGGAUAAUCGUGACACUGGCCACUGUGUUUGCUAUCACAUCGUACGUUCUUGGGCUGCUUGCAGACUUGCCUGCGUCCACCGACGACGAUCUCGUUCCCAACGGGUACCGGCGAUUGCCUAACCGAUUUUUCGAUUCGCUGAAUCCGCUGGAUAUGGUGAUCUACUCUAUAUUUGAGUGGCUAGGAUAUGUAUAA